AUGACCACAAUUUUACUUGCAAAGUGGCUCAUCCUGACCUUCUUCGGCUUUCUCAUUAUUCCUUGUGCAGCCGCCGGAAUCACUCCGUCUUUGGUUGUUCGAAAUGACGAUGGGCCCAUUUGCUCGACUUACAUUGUCUCUGGCACGGACACUUGUGCUAAAAUCGCCCAGGCCCAUGGAAUCACAGAGAAGAACAUUGAAGACUUCAAUGCUCGGACCUGGGCAUGGCGCGGUUGUGCUCAGCUAGAGCAAGGAGCAUUCAUCUGUGUUGGAGCGGGCGAGCCUCCUAUGCCGGUGGCGCUUCCACAGGCAACCUGUGGUCCUCAGGUUCCUGGAACCGUUCGACCUCACAAAUACUCUGAUCUGGGAGGAAUGAAUCCUUGCCCCAACAAGCAGUGUUGUGGGAGAUGGGGGACAUGUGGAACUACAGCCGACUUCUGUACUUCAGCCAACCACUGCAUCUCCAACUGCAACGAGGGCGCAGGAUCUCAGCCUGCUAAACCGCCUCCUCCACCACCGCCUGCCCCGAGUACCACUGAGAAGCCCAAGGCCCCUCCACCACCACCACCACCACCACCACCACCACCACCAACAAAAACCACUCAACUACCCAAGACAACACACACCACUCAACCGACUCACACUCUGAAAACAUCCUACAGCACCAAAUGGGUGACCGUCACCCAGAAGCCCCCAGAGCCCACUCACCCGAUUUGGGAACUGACCUUGUAUAGCGAGCCGGACUGCCGAGGCGACUACUACCUGAUCAAAGGAACUAGCACCCGUCUUGACAAAUGCUUCACACUACACUCGCACAUCCAAUACAAGGACCCGGAAGCAGACUCCUAUUGUCGGUGGUACACUGACGGCGGUUUCAACUGGACUAGCUGUGAUAAUAGUCCUAUGACACGGCCCACCUCAUGGUUCUUGAACAUGGGCUCGUGCACUGUCUACCCAGAUGACCACUGUGGCGAUUACUCGGGACACAUCAACAGAGGCGUCAAGCCGUUCUGUCAGAGUAUGAAUACGAUGGCCACGGAGCCGGAUACUAAUUUUGGAUCUUUGAUGUGCGAAAGUGGCGCGUGA